AUGAUGCCGGGCUUGAGCGUCGUAUGCAGCGCCGUUAUUGUCCUGUUCGGAGCGGUUUGCAGCGUUUUCAUAUUCUGUGAGUAUCUGAUUUAUUACGCCGCGAUAUUACAGUGUGGUUGGCCAGGGAUCGACCAUGGUGCGCCGGCGGCUGAGAAGAGCGCAGACGGGCAACCAAAUGCGGAGGUUCUCCGCGCUUUGGUGCUUUCAGACCCGCACCUCCUCGGCGCUGUCGGAGGGCACUGGUUCGACAAACUGCGAAGAGAAUGGCAGAUGGAACGGGCUUUCCAGACCGCGCUGGCACUGCUCCGACCCGAGGUCGUUUUUAUUCUGGGAGAUGUGUUCGACGAGGGGAAGUGGAGCUCUCCAAAGAACUGGGAGGAUGAUGUCUGUCGUUUCCAGAAGAUGUUCAGACAUCCCAGUGACACAGAGCUGGUAGUUCUGGUUGGAAACCACGACAUCGGCUUCCACUACGAAAUGGACUGGUUCAAGUUACAGCGCUUUGAGAAGGCCUUCAAUACCACCUCCACCAGAAUGGUCACCAAGAAAGGAGUGAACUUCCUAUUGGUUAACAGCAUGGCGUUGCAUGGUGACGGCUGUCCUAUCUGCCAAUCAGUGGAGAAACAGCUGUACACACUGUCCAGGAACCUCAACUGUUCAUUACUGCAGCAUUACCCUCUGUACCGGGUGAGUGAUGCGGGCUGUACGGGUCGGGAUGCUGCUCCUCCUGAAGAGCGCCACCUGCUGUUCAGAGAGAAGUACGACGUGCUGUCUCAGGAGGCCUCUCACAGGCUGUUGCAAUGGUUUAAGCCCCGCCUGGUUCUCAGUGGCCACACCCACAGCGGCUGUCAGGUUCUCCAUGACAACCGGUACACAGAGAUCAGUGUUCCGUCCUUCAACUGGAGGAACCGCAACAACCCCAGCUUCAUCCUGGGUUCUUUCUCUCCAAGCGGUUACGGCCUGUCGAAGUGUUUCCUUCCAGAGGAGAGUACGGUGAUAGCUCUGUACUGUUCUACCGGAGCCAGCCUCCUCCUCCUCCCUCUGGUCGUGUGGAUAAGAGGUCUUCUCCAGUGCAUCACCUUCUGUCCCAUCAGCAAACACAAGUCUCUCUGAUCGUCUCAGGUAGAGGUUGUCCCUGACUGCUGAAUGAUACAGGGUCAGAUAAUGGAUGCUGUCGUCCCUCUGGUGCAGAGAGGUGGCUAUGCUGUCGUCCCUCUGGUGCAGA